AUGAGUACUUUGAUGGCCCCCAAGCUGAUUUCCAAGGAUUCCAAUUCCGGUGAUUCCUUGGAGUGUUCGGUCCACACGUUGCCCAAGCCUUUGGUCCGAGAAUUCCAUCAUGUCUUUGCGGAAAAGUACCUCCGUCAAUCGUCGCCGGCAACUUCCUCCUCUACCGUAGUUGUACCAUUGGAUGUCCUUGCCAUUCCUACCAAUCAACGCGCCAGAAUGGAUCUGGUCAAUGUGGGGGAUCAUGUCGAACAAGAAAAGGACCGAUUGCUCAAUACUUUUAUAGAUUUUGCCCGAGAUUUCUGCGAAAAGGUGUUGGCACAGGGUUACUGGGCGGAUUUUAUUGAUCCUUGUUCGGGCCUGCCAAUGAUCACUACGGAUUGCAACAAGGUUUAUAGUGAGGUAGACGGCAUGGAGUGUCUACUCCACUACAAGAGUCACAAUGCUGGAUUCUGCAAGGUUUUGACACAUCCAAAAUGGGGAAGUGCUGUAUACCCAGCAACCAUCUUUGCCUAUGCUCCAAAGCAAGUUGUGAUCCGAUUGUUGAGUGAACACUACCCUGCCGCUUCGGAAGCCAGCAACUAG